UGUUCGGGGCACUCAUGCGACCGCUCAAUGUUCACGCGGAGGCCAUCGUUGUCGACGAGUCCAGCACCAGGACGUCGGACAGAAAGCCGUUACUGCAGAGGAUAGCGGAGGAGAAGCGCCGGCGACUUCUGUCGCACUCAAACUCCCAGAUCUUACUAAUGAUGCAAAACAAUAACGAAUCCAAAGACAUGAAUGAUGAACAGUACGAUGAACUCAAGUCCCGACUCUUCAAUACUGAGCCCGGAGUCCAUUCCACACUCUAUUUGGAUCAGUUGUUCUCUCCUCAGCCACAGCCCUCACAACUGUCACCCAUUAUGGAGAGAAAAGUAAUCAACUCCGAGACGUCGACCCCCCAGUCGUCGCCUCCCGGUUCGCCAACCGAAGAGAAAAUCCCGAAAUCCAAUUACAAGACUCUGCCAUUUCUUUGUCAGGAGAACUAACUUUCCCUUCG